GGCCAGCUCGAGGACGGACACCACCUCGACGGUUCGGUCGCGCAGCCGGGGAGACGCUGGAUUUCACCGGGAAGAACCGCUGACGAUGAGCUAGCGACGCGACGAUGAGGAGGAUGAAGCAGCGCGUGCUGCUCGCGUGGCCAUGGCUGUGGCUGUGGCUGUUCGCUGCCACGGCGGGUUCCCCGUCUUCCUCGGACACAUACGCCACAUCGUCCUCCAGCUACGGUGGCAGUAGCUCGGUGACCAGAUCGUUCUCACCCUUGUCCACGUCCGCGUCGUUCACCGAGCCGGAUUUGCCGAGCGAUUACGAAUUUCGGUUCACUCGGCCGACGUACAACGCGUCCAUCCCGGAGAACUCGAUCGGGAAAACUUACGUGCUCCCCGAGGAGAGGAUGGGCAUCAAACUCGCGUCGGCUGAAACCAGCGACCUCGACGUUCGUUUCCGCAUAACGAAUCGCGACAAGUUCUUCAAAGCCGAAGAACGCACCGUCGGUGAUUUCUGUUUCCUGUUGAUUCGGACUCGUACCGGUAUCAUGGACGUGUUGAACCGCGAGCGGAAGGACCGUUACGUGCUCGAGGUGCACGCGAAUCUGACCAGGGGCGACGGAAGGAAUCGCGUGACUGUGCGCGAGGCGCACACCACGGUCGCUGUGACGAUACUCGAUACGAACGAUUUGAACCCGUUGUUCUUCCCGACCGAGUACGAAGCGACCGUCACGGAGGACACGCCCUUGCACAAGAGCAUACUCAGGGUAAUCGCCGAGGAUGCCGAUCUCGGCAGGAACGGUGAGAUUUAUUACAGCCUCGCCGAGGAGACCGAUCAAUUCGCAGUUCACCCGGUCAGCGGGGUGAUCACUCUCACCAGGCCGCUCAGAUAUUCGGAACGAGCGGUACACGAGCUGGUGGUGUUGGCCAAGGACCGCGGAGCCCUCUUCCGCAGCAGUGUCAACAGCCGAGCCAGCACGGCUAAGGUAACGAUCAAAGUACGUCAAGUGAAUUUGUACUCUCCCGAGAUCUACGUCCACCACUUGCCGGACAUAGUGGAGCACUCGAACGCGGACAUCUACGCGAUCGUCAGAGUGGUGGACAACGACGAAGGUAUCCACGGGCAAAUCGCGAGCCUGGACAUCGUGGGUGGUGACCCGGCGGGCCACUUCAGAGUGCGAUCAGCCGGUGGUCCGCACUCCGGGGAGUAUAAUAUAGAAGUGCUGCACUUGCUAGACCGGGAGACAGCAGUCCAGGGUUACAAUCUGACGCUGCGGGCAAUGGACCGCGGCGUACCGCAGCGUUUCAGCUACAAAUUCGUGCCCGUCCAUCUCGCCGACUUGAACGACAACGCGCCGGUGUUCAGUCGCGAGAUCUACGAGGUGAAAGUCCCGGAAACCGCGCCUAUCAAUACUCCGGUUAUCAGGCUGAAGGUCACCGACGCGGACGAGGGUAAGAACGCUUUGGUGUUCCUAGAAAUAGUCGGUGGCAACGAGGGUGGCGAGUUUUACGUGAACGCCGAGACGGGAAUGUUGUACACCGCGGUGAACUUGGACGCUGAGAAGAAAGGUUUUUACACGUUGACGGUGUCCGCGGUGGACCAAGGAAACGCCGGGACUAGGAAACAGUCCUCGGCUAAAGUGAAGAUUUACGUGGUCGACACUAACGACAACGAUCCGACGUUCGAGCAAUCGGAGAUGGAAGUCUGGAUCGAUGAGAACGAACCAGUGGGCACGUCCGUUGUGAAGAUCACCGCGAAGGACCGUGAUUCCGGGGAGAACGCGUACAUCUCCUAUAGCAUCGAUAAUAUCCAGAAGGUGCCCUUCGAGAUCGACCACUUCUCCGGCAUCGUGAGGACCAAGCAAGUAUUGGAUUACGAGACCAUGAAGAGGAGGUAUCUGCUCCACGUGCGAGUCAGCGACUGGGGCUUGCCUUAUCGCAGGCAGGCGGAGAUGCAGCUACACGUGAACGUGCGCGACGUGAACGAUAACCGGCCGCAGUUCGAGAGGGUCGAUUGCAUCGGGCACGUGCCGCGUUACGUACCCAUCGGCUCCGAAAUCAUCACGGUUUCGGCCAUUGACUUCGACGACGGGAACAUCAUCAGCUAUCGCAUUGUAUCCGGGAACGAGGACGGCUGCUUCGUACUGGAUUCGAGCAGCGGAGUAUUAUCUGUUUCUUGCGAUUUGUCCGACGUGAAGGUCAGCGAAAGAGUGGUGAACGUCACCGCGACGGAUGGCACUCACUUCGCAGACGUGAACCCUAUACACAUGCAUCUGGUAAAUGCGAAACGGAACCUGGGUUCGCAAACGAGGAUCCUGUCGGAUCAGAGCGGAGCGUUCGAGUGUCGAGAUACCGGAGUGGCUAGACGGUCUACCGAGACGAUUGCCGCGGCAGAGGAGAACAACAAACCUUCCAAGGACGACGAGUACACUCUGACGCCCAGUCGGUACGGCGAGAACAUUCACGCGCCGGAAUUCGUCGAUUUCCCAAGCGAGAUCAAAGCUAACGAGUCGAUGAAAAUCGGGACGACUUUAGUGAGGAUUCGCGCCAGGGACAGAGACUUGGAUUACAACGGGAAAUUGGUAUUCGUGAUUUCUAGCGGGGACAGGGAUUCGGUGUUCAGUAUCGACCCUGAUACGGGUGACUUAAACGUGAUCGGUUAUCUGGACCGCGAACGGGAGAGUGAAUAUUUUUUAAAUAUAAGCGUCUACGACCUGGGCAAGCCGCAGAAGUCCGCGUCGAGGAUGCUUCCGGUUACUAUCCUCGACGUGAACGACAACGCGCCUAAAUUCGAGAAAUCUUUGGCCAGCUUUCGAAUAUCGGAGACCGCGUUGAACGGGACCAACGUGUGGCGCGCGAACGCGACCGAUGCGGAUCUCGGCGAGAACGCGCGAGUUACUUAUUCGCUGGUGACCGAGACGAACGACUUCCGGGUAGACCCGGUGACCGGCGUGCUCAGCGUCUUCGGCAGGCUAGACAGAGAACGUCAAGAGAUUUACGAGUUGAGAAUCAGAGCGCAGGAUAACGGCGGCAAGGGUACCGACACGCCGCCAUUAUUUUCCGACGCGUUGGUCAGAGUGACGGUCGACGAUGUCAACGAUAACGCGCCUACUUUUGCUCUCUCUAGUUACACGGUGAAGGUUAGAGAAGACGUCCCGAUAGGGACGGUCGUUGCGGUCGUAGAUGCGACCGAUCCGGACGAGGGCGCUGGUGGCGCCAUCGAGUACUUUCUGUCCGACGCCACGGAGAGCGAGGGAUUCUUUAAGGUUGACAAGGUGUCCGGGACAAUUAGGACCACCCAGAGCUUAGAUUUUGAGGAACGACAAGUGCACACUUUAAGCAUAGUGGCCAAGGACAGGGGAGAGCCGUCGUUGAGCUCCGAGACGAUGGUCAUCAUCGAAGUGAUCGACGUAAACGAGAAUCUUCACGCGCCGGUGUUCGACGACUUCGUAGUGUCCGCGAGUGUUUACGAGAAUCAGCCGGUCGGGACUUUGGUGACGACAGUGCGUGCCAAGGAUGCGGAUCCAGUUGGCGGUGAUUCGAAGAUUGGAUACACCAUUCGCGACGGGGACGGCAUCGGGAUCUUCUCCAUCGACGAUGAAGGUUAG